CUUCACGAGCCAGCAGAGUGAAGCCAGCUCCCUCAGGAACGAUCCCCAGACAAAGACAACCCCGAGGGACAUCGACUCCAAGCCUCACUGCCUCUGGACAGCCACAUCCAGCCCUGGCUAGCCACCAUCAAUAACCCGCCAGGAUCUGUCAGCGAGCAUGAGAAGACACAACUGAGUGGACAUUCACACCGGACCCCUGGACACUGAUGAGCUGAGGACGACGACUUUGCAACUGAGAUUUCUGCACAUUUCUACACGUACAGCUCAGCAUCAUGACCAGGAAGGUGUUCACCAACACGAGGGAGCGCUGGCGCCAGCACAACGUCAACACCGCCUUCGCAGAGCUCCGCAAGCUCAUCCCUACCCAUCCUCCGGAGAAGAAGCUGAGCAAGAACGAGAUCCUGCGUCUGGCCAUGCGCUACAUCAACUUCCUGGUGCAGCUGCUGGAGAGCCAGACCGGUCAGCCGCCCAACCACUCCCCCACCGCUCUGCUCACCUUCCUCAGAGGAAACAUGGAACAGCUGCACUCCCCUCCACACACCUGGGCCAUGACCAGUGACACAGAAGUCCCGUCACCUGAAUCCAGCUGCGACAGCUCCGAGGCCUGGUAGAACCACAAAACACAAAAAAAGAAAAGAAAAACUCUUGAGUGGACCUUCUGACCCUUUUCCUGGGUUUACAAAACUGAUCCCGUCCUUCCUCAAGACUCAUUUUGUCUCUGCGUCCGUCUCCAGUGUGCGACUGUUGUUUCAAUGCAGGAGACGCAAUGUUGUGUGAUAUUUGUGGACUCCAGACGUGGCAGAAAAUGUGGGCACAGCCUCCACGCUGAUCAGUGUUGAAAUAUGAUUUGCGGGUGAAAAUUAAUUAGUAUUCUGCAUGGAUGUGUAAAAACCUGGAUGUACAAUAUUCCCUUCAUGUCUUCAUGUUAAUAUUCCUUGUUGCCGGCCCGCCUGGAACUAAAUUAGUUUUGCAAUGACAGGGUGUUUUGCCGAUGAGGAAAAUGGAGGGGAUUAAGGAAUUUCUCAUUUCAAGCAAUAGAUUCAGCACUUGAAUAGAUAAUGGCUCAGGCAAUUCUCCAGACUGCAAUCGUCUCAAAAUAGCCAAGGGCACUUUUUUUUUUUUUUUCCUCUUCCUUUAAAUCGACAUGCUGUUUUUUUUCUUGAGAAGACUAAAUCUGACCUUUAUUUUCAUUUAAGAAGGUUAUGUGACAACAGAAGAAUCAGCUCUGUGAAAAACUUUAGCUUUUUCUUACACAUUUUACACAUCGAUGUUCAGUAUUUCUUGAUAACAGUUUGUGAUUUUGGGAAUUUGUGCAAAACUGACAAUCCACUUUCGAUAAUAUCCUUCACGGCGCAUAUAUCUUCUCAUUUAAAUGUGUUUUUAUUUGAGCUUUUGUAAAAUACGCAUGUCAUAUAGCCAAAGAUUAUGAAUUGAUUGUCUACUGUAAAGAGUGUGCUAUUUAUCUUCUGAUACCUCUUUUGUAAGUUAUUUUGGUUUGCUUGUGAAUAUACAAUAUGUUAUUUAUUUGAACUAUUUAUUUAAUAAAUGAUUUGUU